AGAUGGACGACGAUGGCGGCCGCAGAGACGCCCCCGGCGCACUGAUGGAGGCCGGGCGCGGUGCAGGGCCCGCGGGCAUGGCGGAGCCGGCGGCGGUGCCGCGGGCGCGGGCGGCGCGGCCCGGGCCCCAGCGCUUCCUGCGACGCAGCGUGGUGGAUUCCGACCAGGAGGAGCCGCCGGGCCUGGAGGGGGCCGAGUCGCCGGGCGCGCAGCCCCCGCAGCCGCUGCAGCGAAGGGUGCUGCUACUCUGCAAGACGCGCCGCCUCAUCGCCGAGCGCGCCCGCGGUCGCCCGGCCGUCCCCGCGCCUGCCGCGCCUGCCGCGCCGCUGGGCGACCUUGCAGACCCCGGCCCUGAGCCCGCGGGCGCGCAGGAGCCUGGCCCGGACCCCGCGCCCUCGUCCGCGCCUGCCCCCGAGGGCGGCCCCCACGAGGAGGAGGCGGCGGCGGCCGCGAGGAAGGAGGACGUGGGGGCUCUCGAGGCGAGGCCAGAGCUCGGGCGCGCACGCCGGGAGGAGCCCGAGGAGGAGGAGGACGACGAGGACGACCUCAAGGCUGUGGCCACCUCCCUGGACGGCCGCUUCCUCAAGUUCGACAUUGAGCUUGGCCGCGGCUCCUUCAAGACGGUCUACAAGGGGCUGGACACGGAGACCUGGGUGGAGGUAGCCUGGUGCGAGCUGCAGGACCGGAAGUUCACCAAACUGGAGAGACAGCGGUUCAAGGAAGAGGCUGAGAUGCUGAAGGGCCUGCAGCACCCCAACAUUGUGCGCUACUAUGACUUCUGGGAGUCCAGUGCCAGGGGGAAGCGGUGCAUCGUGCUGGUGACUGAACUGAUGACCUCGGGGACGCUGAAGACGUACCUGAAGCGGUUCAAGGUGAUGAAGCCCAAGGUCCUGCGCAGCUGGUGCCGGCAGAUCCUGAAGGGCCUGCUGUUCCUGCACACCAGGACGCCCCCCAUCAUCCACCGGGACCUCAAGUGCGACAACAUCUUUAUCACCGGACCCACAGGGUCUGUGAAGAUUGGCGACUUGGGCCUGGCCACCCUCAAGAGAGCAUCCUUUGCCAAGAGUGUGAUAGGUACCCCCGAGUUCAUGGCGCCAGAGAUGUAUGAGGAGCAUUACGAUGAGUCCGUGGAUGUUUACGCCUUCGGGAUGUGUAUGCUGGAGAUGGCCACCUCGGAGUACCCCUACUCGGAGUGCCAGAACGCUGCCCAGAUCUACAGGAAGGUCACCUGUGGCAUCAAGCCGGCCAGCUUUGAAAAAGUGCAUGAUCCUGAAAUCAAGGAGAUUAUUGGGGAGUGUAUCUGCAAAAACAAGGAGGAAAGGUAUGAGAUCAAGGACCUGCUCAGCCAUGCCUUCUUCGCGGAGGACACAGGUGUGAGGGUGGAGCUGGCUGAGGAGGACCAUGGCAGGAAGUCCACCAUCGCCCUGCGGCUCUGGGUUGAGGACCCCAAGAAACUGAAGGGCAAGCCCAAGGACAAUGGGGCCAUAGAAUUCACCUUUGACCUGGAGAGGGAGACGCCAGAUGACGUGGCACAGGAAAUGAUUGAGUCAGGAUUUUUCCAUGAGAGCGAUGUGAAGAUUGUGGCCAAGUCCAUCCGUGACCGCGUGGCAUUGAUCCAGUGGCGGCGGAAGAGGAUCUGGCCAGCCCUGCAGCCCCAGGAGCAGCGGGACCCCGGCAGCCCUGACAAGGCCAGGGGCCCACCCACACCCCUGCAGGUCCAGGUGACCUACCACUCUCAGGCUGGGCCGCCAGAGCUGGAGGAGCCCGAGGCCGACCAGCACCUCCUCACCCCUGCGCUGCCGGCCAGCGCCACCUCCCUGGCUUCGGACAGCACGUUUGACAGUGGCCAGGGCUCCACGGUGUAUUCGGACUCGCAGAGCAGCCAGCAGAGCGUUGUGCUGGGCUCGCUGGCAGAUGGAGUGCAGCCCCCCGCCCAGUGUGUGUGCAGCCCCCCCGUGAGCGUGAGUGACGGUCCUGUCCUGCCACAUAGCCUGCCCUCACUGGGGGCCUACCAGCAGCCUGCCGUGCCUGGCCUGUCGGUGGCCUCCAUCCCGCCCCCCGCCCGCCCUCUGCUCCCACAGCAGCCUUUCCCAGAGCCGGCCAUGAGCUUCGCCCCUGGGCUGCCGCCGCCCAGUGCCCCUGUGCCGACGGGCCCAGGCCAGCCCACACCCCCCGCCCACCAGCCUCCUCACCUGACCCAGCCGGUACCCCUGCCACAGGUCCUGGCCCCACAGCCUGUGGGCCCUCUCCAGACGGUGCCCCCCAACCUGCCUCCAUACCUGGCUCCAACCUCCCAGGUGGUGGCCCCUGCUCAGCUGAAGCCCCUCCAGAUGCCUCCGGCGCCCCUUCAGCCACUUGCUCAAGUCCCUCCACAGAUGCCUCCACUUCCUGUUGUCCCCCCCAUCGCUCCACUGGCCACAGUCGACAGCCUCCCUGCAGCCCUUCCUGACCUGCCAGCCACGAGUGGGCCCGCCGUGCCUCCCCCCUCUCAGUAUUUCUCUCCGGCUGUCAUCUUGCCAAGCCUCCCACUCAGUGCCACCACUGCUCCCCUGCCCACGUCACCGGCCCUGCCUCUGCAGACAGUCAAGCUGCCCCACCCUGCUGGGACACCACUGGCCGCGCCAUGCCAGACCAUCGUGCCAAACGUGGCGGCCACUGCUACUGGCAGACCUCUUCUGGCUGUGGCUCCGCAGGGCGUGGCUGCCCUGUCCAUUCACCCCACCGUGGCCCAGCUCCCUGCCCAGCCCAUGUACCCGGCAGCCUUUCCACAGAUGGUGCCCAGCGACGUCCCGCCUUCUCCCCUCCAUGCAGCGCAGACUGUGCGGGCUGCCCCUCCCCAUCCGGCACCCCCCAUGCUGCCACAACCCCACAAGCCAAGUGUUGCCCGCCUUGCCGAGCAGGCUGCUCCGGCCACCAGUGCUGGGAGUCAGGUAACCCACCUGCUGGCGAGGGCCCACCCUCUAGGCGCUGGGAGACCCCUUAGCACACGAGGGGUUCAUGGGCCUUUGCUCCUUCUCAGCUCCUUGACCCCUCUAGCAGA